UUAACACAAUAAUGCGACGGUCAGAAGGGUCACGCUGAUACUGAUAACGCCAGUAAAUCCGAGUUUAUCAGCGAUUUUGUAAUACUUUCCGACAUUGCAUAUGACCCGUGCAUUAUAGUUCAAUACAGCCAGUAAUAUAACAGUAGUAUAAUGGACUCUGUUCAAGACACAUCGAAGCACAAGCGAAUUUCCUCAAGAAGAAUCCACAUUAAUCCAGUUAGCGCGAUCACCACGAAUCGGUUUCAACUAGUGACUUUCUCUCUCGACAACGCUGACCUUUACUCUGCCACUAAUCAGUAUUGACGAAGGUGUAAUGCGGAUGCUAAGAUUAAUUAAAUCACGUCAUUUAUUGACCACUGCGACUCGUGCCGGUACCUAUAACGUCAGAUACAUAAGUAAUCUCAAGGGCAAAGUAAUAGCCAUAAGACGAGAAGAUCAAUCAGUAUGGGAAAGAAGGGCACCAUUAGCUCCGGCGAAUGUUCGCAGCCUCGUCAGGUCGGGCGUGAAGGUGAUCGUGCAACCGAGCAACCGACGAUCCUAUCCCGCCCAGGCGUACCAAGCGGCGGGUGCUCUGCUCCAGGAAGACAUCAGCUCGGCCUCUGUCAUCUUCGGUGUCAAGCAGGUACCUGUGGAUCAGUUGAUACCCAACAAGACGUACUGUUUCUUCUCGCACACCAUCAAGGCGCAGGAGAGUAACAUGCCCCUCCUGGACGCAAUCCUAGAGAAGAACAUACGUCUUCUGGAUUACGAAAGGCUUACUAAUGCUGAUGGUCAACGAGUAGUCGCCUUCGGCAAGUACGCCGGGGUGGCUGGUAUGGUGAAUAUACUGCAUGGUUUGGGUUUGAGACUGCUAGCCCUGGGUCACCAUACUCCAUUUAUGCACAUUGGACUGGCGCAUAAUUAUCGGGAUUCGGCGAUGGCCCGCCAAGCGAUCCGUGGUGCGGGAUACGAGAUUGCCCUGGGUGCCAUGCCAAAGUCGAUUGGUCCGUUGACUUUCGUUUUCACUGGCAGCGGUAACGUCAGCCAGGGCGGUCAAGAGGUCUUCCAAGAAUUGCCCCACGAAUAUGUGCCGCCAGAAAUGUUACGAAAAGUCGCCGAGCAUGGUGAUACGACGAAGAUAUACGGCUGCGAGGUACGACGUAGGCAUCAUUUGGAGAGGAAGGAGGGCGGCGGUUUCGAUCCCGAGGAGUACGACCAACAUCCAGAAUUGUAUAUUUCCACCUUCAGCAAGAAGAUAGCACCGUAUGCGUCAGUCAUCAUCAACGGUAUAUACUGGGCUGUGGAUUCGCCGAAAUUGUUGACAAUACCGGAUGCGAAGUAUCUGCUCAGACCCGCGAAUACACCAUGGCUACCGAUCAGUGUCGGUGCACCCGCUUUGCCACACAGGAUGCUCGGUAUCUGCGACAUAUCUGCGGAUCCUGGCGGCAGCAUCGAAUUCAUGAACGAGUGCACGACGAUUGAUACGCCAUUCUGCCUGUACGAUGCCGAUCGCAACAAGGACAUGAAAUCCUUCAAGGGUCCCGGCGUGCUAGUCUGCUCGAUCGACAAUAUGCCUACGCAACUGCCGAGAGAAUCGACAGAUUUCUUUGGUAAUCUCUUGUAUCCGUACGCUCUGGACAUCAUACGGUCGGACGCGAUGAAGUCACUGGACGAACACAACUUUAAUCCCGCCGUUCAUGGAGCCAUCAUCGCGUCCAAUGGGGAACUAACGCCUAAUUUCGAAUACAUCCAAGAACUCAGACAGUUGAAUCACCGCAGCAAACACAAGGCUGAUAACAAAGAACAGCAAAGAAAAACGGUAGUCGUCCUCGGCGCGGGAUACGUCUCUGCACCUUUGGUCGAGUAUCUGCACAGGGAUACGAACAUAAGGCUGGUGGUGGCUUCACAAUUGAAGGACGAGGCUGACGCGCUAGCCAAUCGAUUUCCAGGAGUGGAGCCGGUCUUCCUCAACGUACUGGAUCGACCGGAUACCUUGCACGACGUGGUGAAAUCGUCGAGCGUGGUGGUUUCCCUGUUGCCGUACUCAUUGCAUCAUGUCAUCGCUAAAGCUUGUAUCGAGACUAAGACUCACUUGGUGACAGCUAGUUAUAUGAACGAUGACGUCAAAGCAUUACACGAAGAAGCCGAGCAAGCUGGCGUCACCAUACUGAACGAAAUUGGAUUGGAUCCGGGCAUCGAUCAUCUUUUGGCGAUUGAAUGUUUCGACGACGUGAGACAAGCAGGUGGUAAGAUAGAAACCUUCGUCUCGUGGUGCGGUGGUCUGCCGGCGCCCGAGUGUUCCUACAAUCCUCUGAGAUAUAAAUUCAGCUGGUCUCCACGAGGUGCCUUGCUGAAUACCUUGGCGCCUGCAAAAUAUCUUCACGCAGGACAGGAAGUGGAGAUCGCCGGAGGCGGCGAUCUGAUGUCCGCCGUGCAAGAGCUAGACUUCCUCCCUGGCUUCGCUCUGGAAGGCUUUCCCAAUCGCGACAGUAUCGUCUACAGGGAUUACUACGGUUUGCAGAACGCGAAUACCGUACUACGAGGUACGCUCAGGUUCAAGGGCUUCUCAGAUACGGUGUUGGGUCUGCAAUUGCUCGGCCUAAUCGAUCCCAAUCCAGAUCCAAUCUUGCAUCCGAACGGGCCGGACAUCACGUGGCGAAUGUUGGUGUGCAACCUACUCGGUCUGGCGAGCGACAAUAUCUUCUACGAAAACCUGAAGAGGAAAUUGGCAGAAAGAGUGAAUUCGUGGGAACGCGUCAAGGCCAUCGAGGAUCUUGGUCUUCUGCAGGAGGACUUGGUCUUGAAACUAAACACUCCUCUCGACACGCUUACCCACUACUUGUCGAAGAAGCUCUAUUACGAGAAGAACGAACGGGAUUUAGUAAUACUGAGGCACGACAUAAGUAUACUUUGGCCGGACAAUAGGAGGGAAUCCAGAGGGAUCAACUUGGUGCUCUAUGGAGACACUGCUGGACACUCUGCGAUGGCGCGUACCGUCGGGUAUCCCACAGCUAUCGCCGUCAAAAUGAUCCUGGAUGGUGAAAUUCAACAGCGUGGAAUGGUGCUGCCUUUCACACCAGAUAUAUAUCGACCUAUUCUUAAUCGACUGAGAGCAGAAGGAGUAGAAUCCUUCGAGAAUUCCAAAUGGCUGUGACUCAUUCAUCAUAAAUCGCCUUAAUAUCUUAUAACAUACCUCUCUGAUCCAUCAAAAAAAUUAUAUAUAUCUAUAUUUGAUUCGCUUAAUACAUGAGUGAAAAACUAUAUACAAUAAAAAAAAUAGUUUAUAUUUUUAUAUCAUGAUAAAAUAUAAGCAUAAUAUCCAGCAUAGUUAAUUUGAAAUUAUUUUAAUUAGAAAUUAUAUUUUUAUUUUUACAUCUUUCUCUACAUAAAUUAAAAGCAAUUUUUGAAUUUUAAAGCUCACUGGCUUUCUCUCUCGCUUUAAUCAGCAUUUGGAUGGAAGACCCAGAAAGACAGGAGAUUUUUCAUUUGAUAUAUUUAACAUUUAUUGAUAUUACCACCUCAGUGUGGAAAAUGACUAACAAUACAAUGAUAUCUCGCUUAUUGCAAUCUUUUUUUAUCGCAGUAAUUCUAUAAUCGCCUUAAGAUAUAAUUAGAAUGAUAACACAGGAACACUCUUCGCCUCUAUCCGUUAGAAUUUGAUUGGAAAUGAAUUUACGAAUCGAUUUUACGCGUCGGAACAAUCGGAAAGUUCCAACGAGUUUGCACCGGUAAAGUAAUUAAGCUGUAGCCGUGAUUUGCACAUGUCCAGUAUCACACGUCUACGUCACACGACUAGUUGAUUUGUGUGACGAGUUCAAUCACGCUUUGCAAGAAUUGGAUAAAUCCAGUAACGAUGAUUGCCGCUAUUCACUGCUGACGUUUCAAUCUCUAGAAUUUGUGCCGACUAAACAAGAAUAUUUAAAGAAUGAUAAAUCAAUUUAUUUAUAUAUUCAAAAGUUUACAUAUGACACAUAAAAAAAUUAAAACUGUUCUGCAACACUCAAUGGAGAAAAUUAUGAAUGUCAUUAACUUUCGAUUGAUGUCUUUUUCGAACGCGAAUAAUUACAUUAAGUACAUAUAUCUUCUUAUUAAUGACUUAUUUUUUCAUUUAAAAGCAGUGAAUAGUUUAUAUUACAUCGGUCUUCAAUUUUGAGCCUUGUGCGUGACAUGUAAUUUGAUGUUUGCUCCUCGUUUCUAAAACUAAAAUUAAAACUAAAAUGCUGCAAUCCUCAAAUUACCGUCUCUUGUAUUAUACUAAAACCUAUUACUAUCACAAUGGUGGUUACAAUAAUUUUUAAUCGGCCUUUUUGUGUGUAUCUCAAAAAUUGCUAAAACGACCGUAAUCAUUUUACAAAAUAUUUACGAGAGCUUUUUAAAACAUUUUUUUUCUUCAUAAAAUAUUUAAUCAAAACUAAGAAAACAGUAUGAAAAGAGCUCAAAUAAAUAUUUUUUAAGUUUUCGUGCAGAAAGCAAUUUUAUUUUUCAAAGUAAUUAGUGCAAGCGCGUGCUGUUUGUUUGUGUAUGUGUGAAAAAAAUUAGAUUCGCAUUAGAUAGAAAUGAAGUAUUGAGAGUAGCGAAACUUUUGACGAUUCAUUAAAAGUAUUUCGAAAGAAACCACCCCCUCUUCUACGCUCGUAAUCUUUAACUAGAGAUUAUCUAUCGAUGUUAUUAAUUAGAAACUACUAAUGAUGAUUUACAGUUGGCAGUAUGAGACAAUAUAAUUAACGCAUUUUGCUAUGUAGUAUAAUGUAUUCUGUAUUAUCACUAUAGCAAUAGAUCCGAGUUCGAGAUAGGAUCUCCGCUAAAAUCGAUCAUAAAUCUAACUGUGAGACUUCACCAUAAAAAAGUGCUUCCAAGCUCAACAAUUGUAUCGUCUCUAAUAUAAUAACCAGUGAUAUUACGUAACGAUUAACUAUUGUAAUAAAACUGUGACAUCCUUUUCACGAGAGUAA